CGUGUGCUAUUACAUUUGCUAUAUUUAGCUCAGCUCCCCUUUUUUCCUUUAGCGGUUUGCCCUGGAAUGAUGGUGGCCGAACAUACCCCGUGUAUGUGAAGCUCUGGAUAGCCAGAAUCAAGGAACUAUAGAGGACCAAAACCAGCCCAGUGUGGCGUAGUGCCGGCGGACUGCAGCUGCUGUUGGAGAACAGAGGCAGCUGGUGGAAACGCAGACCUGAAAAUGUGUUUUAUUCUGGAGGAAAAGUCACAAAGCCACAGGCUGGUUAGUCGGGGGUUUUGUGGUUAGCAUGUAAUAGCUGCUUCCUCUCUGGCAUCGUUGAGCGGAACAGCUGUGCAGAUGUGGAGGCAGUCCAGAUCCCGUGUCACGAUGUAGAGGCGUUUUCUGGUAGGAACUGGUCCGCUGUUGUGAGGGGGGGCUGAUGGCGGGGUCAAAGCUGACCCUGGCUUUGGCCGUGGUCCUGGCUGUGCUGCUGACACCACCAGCUCGUGCUGCAUCCGAGAUGGACCCCUAUGAAAUAUUAGGUGUAACCAGGACUGCAAACCCAGCGGAGAUCAAAAAGGUUUACAAGCGACUUGCAAGAGAAUGGCAUCCUGACAAGAACAAAGAUCCAGCCGCUGAGGAUAUGUUCAUCAAGAUCACCAAAUCUUAUGAGAUCCUGUCCAGCGAGGAUAAACGGGCCAACUAUGACCGUUACGGGCAGACGGAUGACACCCAGCCGUACACCAGCGGGCAUUAUGGCCAUCGCCAUGACAGCUUCUACUUUGAUGAGUCCUUCUUUAACUUCCCGUUCAACAACAAGAACCAAAGAGACUUCGGAGACAACAAGUACACCCUUCACUUUAACCAGUACAUCAACGAUGUGGUUCCUGACAGCUACAAGAGGCCCUACCUGAUAAAGAUCACCUCUGAUUGGUGCUUCACCUGCAUCCACAUCGAGCCGGUGUGGAAAGAGGUGGUCCAGGAGAUGGAGAGUCUAGGUGUUGGGAUCGGUGUGGUGGAUGUUGGCUAUGAAAGACGGUUAGCCAAUCACCUCGGUGCUCACCGCACGCCAUCCAUACUUGGAGUCAUCAAUGGCAAAGUGACAUUCUUCCAUUAUGCUGUAGCAAAGGAACAUUUGAAGCAGUUUGUAGAAGACCUUCUUCCUCAGAGGCUGGUGGAACAGGUUAAUGAUAAGAAUGAUCAGCAGUUCUUGAACAGCUGGCAUGACCUCAACAAGCCCCACGUGCUUCUCUUUGACCAAGUUCCUGUUGUUCCCCUGCUGUACAAACUCACAGCCUUCGCUUAUAAAGACCAUCUGCAGUUUGGCUAUGUAGACCAGGGCCUCACAGAGACAGCCGAUCUGCAGAAACGCUUCAACAUCAACACUUACGCUCCCACCAUUCUGGUCUUCAAAGAGAACAUCGACAAGCCCGCCGACAUCAUACAGGCCAAAGGACUGAAAAAGCCAAUAGUUGACGAGUUCAUGUCCAACAAUAAGUUCCUGCUUGCACCUCGACUCGUCAACCAGAAGCUUUUCGAUGAACUGUGUCCUGUCAAGCAGUUUCAUAGACGCAGGAAGUACUGUGUUCUGCUGAUCACUGGGGACGAAGACACGUUUGCUUCUGGGAACCAGGAGUUUGUCUCCUUCGCAUCGACCAACACUAAGGAAGUUGUGCGGUUUGCUUAUGUGUACCAGCGGCUGCAGCAGCCUCUGUGUGACGUUCUCAUGCAGAGCAAAGACGGCUCACAGUCGACGCCGCAGGUGAUUAUCCUGGAGCGCCGGAACACCGCAGGGAAAGCUUUGUUCAAGCCGGUGACUCCCUGGAAUGGAAGGGAAGAAGAAAAGCAGCUUCUCCUGGAGGAGCUGGACCGACUCCAGAAGGACCCCUCCAUCCUCGUCCAUGAUGCUGUUCUGCCUGAACUCAACAAUGAAUUCGCCUCUAUGUUUGUGAUCCGGUGGAUCUACGCGUCAUACGAUUAUCUCUCUGAAGUCAUCGAUGAUAUUCUACAUAACAACUGGCGUGAGAUGAUGCCUCUUCUGUCCCUCAUCUUCUCUGCCUUGUUCAUCUUGUUUGGAACUGUGGUCAUCCAGGCCUUCAGUGAUUCGAGUGAUGAUCAGCAGGUGAAACUAAAGGGAAAAGAUGGUUCUAAAGCAGAAAACGGCUCCUCAAGUAGCACCUCAAGUCGUCCACCUAAAAAGAAUUUCGUGGAGGUGACGGAGCUGACGGACAUCACCUACAUGAGCAACUUGGUGAAACUGAGGCCCGGACACAUGAAUAUAGUUCUGGUGCUCACCGACGCCUCCAAAAACAUCCUCCUCAGCAAGUUUGCAAAAGAGGUCUACUCUUUCACGGGGAGCCUGACUCUACAUUUCUCCUUCCUGAACAUCGACAAGCACAGCGAGUGGAUGAACUCUCUGCUGGAGUACGUCCAGGACGCCAUGCAGAUCGACGCGGACGAGGAGGACGGCGCCAACCGCAAGGUGGACUACACCGGCCACGUGCUGGCUCUCAACGGCCACAAGAAGUACUUCUGUCUGUUCAAGCCCGUGUACACCGGGGAGGACGUGGACGCCAAACUCUCCGAGGAUGAAGGGGCGGCGUCAGGGGGGCGGUCCCGCUCCAGAUCGCGUGACGACCACCCCGCCCGUAAAUCCCGGCGCUCUCGCAGCACAUCCACCCUCCAGAUCCACCACAAACUGGACCGCCUGGGGCUGUGGAUGGAGAGACUCAUGGAGGGGACGCUACCCUGUUAUUACGUUCAGGCCUGGCCUGGAAUCGACAAGAUCACCUCCAGUAAAUAGACAGAGCCGUUUCCUAUUUAUGUCUGAAAGUGUUUCAUAAAUCCUGACAGAGGAAUCAACGUUUGAGAGGUAGAAAUUUCUGAUAUUUCAGAGCUUAAUGCAUGCUUGUGGGUAACGAUUAUCUACCGAGGCGCUCGCCGCUUCAGCCUUUUACAGCUAGAAUCACUGUGGCGCCUCUGCUCCUGCCUGUGCUGCUGUCACUUCCAGCGUCACUAAAGACAGAGUCGAUCCUUCACCUGUCAGAACAUUCAAAGCCUACAGGACGAAGAAACUGGAGUUUUAGCUGCUCGGCUGUUUAAAAAAAUGAAGCAGUGUCCUUCCUUUUUCCCCAUUUCUUCCUCACCUCCAAGCAGCUGACCUAAUUCCUGACGACAGGUUGCUGCUCUCCGCACAACGUCCUUCAACAUUUCAGAUUUCCACCAACAUGGUAGUAAAACCUCAAACUGUGAGUAUGGAUGCAUGAAACCAAACAUUUUUUGCCUUUUUCUGCAUCUCGGCUAAACUUUUCUCAAAGGUGAUUUUUCUUUCGUGCGGAUUUUCUUGUGCAAUACACUGUUGUCAUGACGACGCCUUUUUACUUUAAACCACACGGAGUGAAGCAAAAUAAAAGAUUAGGAAAUCAUCGGUCGUGCGUUCAACAAACUUCAGUAGCUUCAUGUAGCAAACUGUACAAACUUCUGCAGCCUGUGACCCGUCAGAACAUUUUAUAUCCACAACACAAAGUGGAAGAUUUCACUGCACUGAAUAUCCAUUUGUUGGUCAUUCUGGGUGUAGUUCUUUAGGAUGUUUAUUCCUUGGAAGGAUGUGAGUUUAUAAAAGAAAUGUUUCGUCUUUUUCCUCCAUUUAUGCUCUUGCUGGUUGUUUAUGUUUAAUAAAAGAAUAUCUUGUGAGAUGACUUUUACUUGA